AUGGCUCCUCCUCGACGUCAUAUCGGAGCCAGCCGCAGAAAGAGGCAUGGGGACGAUGGCGAGGAUGAGGGCUCAAUGGCUGGAGACAUAGGCGAUGACUCUUUGAGUGAGGGAACCGUGGACAGCAACCAAGAGGACGAGGACGCGGAUGGGGAAGUAAGUGAAGAAAGUGAGGAUGAGGUCACACCGUCGGCAAAGAGCAAGCAGGUCAACGGUCACAACACGAACUCUACACGAAACAGCUCCGCUUCACCCGGCAAGCGAGGAUCCAAGACAACGGUUUCGGAUACAGAGGCAAUGUUCAACGGGUUGAAGGUCUCAGACAAUGGCAGCACGGCGGAGGUUCACCUGGACCAGCCCCGAGAACAGCGGGAGCCUCACACCGGCAGAACACCAUCUGCCCCUCCCACUGAACCGAGACAGAAUAGCUUGGCAUCUAAAAAACGUCGUGAGAACGAGAAAUAUGUCAAGGAGCGAGAGCAGAACCCAGCUUUCGUCCCUACUCGCGGCAGCUUCUUCCUUCACGAUAAACGGUCGACAGAAAACGGCAAUCGGUCUAGCAAGAGCAAGUCUCGCCCAUAUGGUCUUAUUGUGGACGGAAAUUCGCGAAGAUCGUCCAAAGCCGAUGCCAGUGGAGGACAAUGGGCACACGACCUUCAUGAUACGGUGGCCGGCGAUGAGAAAUCUUCACAAAAGCAAAACCCCGCAAUGCCUAAUCCUAUUGCACCAGUUCCCACCGCACCAAGGUCUGAUCCGCCCAAUCGAUCAUUCUCGAGCACGACGUUGGUCGGCAGUGUGCCUGUCGUUGUGUCCUUGCCCGGAAUGACCAGCCCAGUCCAUUUCGCUGCUGUGCCAAAGAGACUCCACACCCGUCUCCCUCAACAUCGGCCUCCCUUGCGACGCGAUAAGCCAGUUCGAAUCUCUCUCCCUAGCCAGCCUCCCCGAUAUAUAUUCCCAUCAGUCGAACGCUCCUUCAUUUUCAUCCCUCGUGCGCUGCGGCCGAAUCAAGUAUCUCGUGGACGAGGGGGUCGGGGUGGUGGCUGGUACAGUGGACGUCGUCCUAGCUACUACCCUAACUCUUCGUACACACCGAGCGUUGUCAGCCGCCGCUCUUCCUUUGGCAUGCCGCCCUCCCAGGACGGGUGGCCAUCACCUGCGGGGUCUGUUUACUCCAGACCCACAAUCCCCACCGAACCGAAGCCCGCUGUCCGUCUUCCUCCUCCACCCCGUCCCCCCGUUGGGAUCCCGCCAUUUGGCCCCACGAUGGCUAUGCCCAUGCCACACCCGGCCUACCGGGAAAGUCGACCCGCCCCAAUUCCUAUGCAUCAGCCUCGUCCUCAAAAGACCGUCUCCGUGGCUGAUAUUGAAAGCCCGGUGACCUUCCCCUUCCAUUUCAAUCCACCCCAGCCCCAGCAAGAACAACCUUUCCAUCAUCAGGUCCCCCUUCCGGUUAAAGGCCCCCAUGGGCAUGAGAUGAAUUCCCAUGGGCCGCCUAGUCAGCCUUCGGCCACUCCACUCUCCCAAAUCCCGGAGCGGGCCAUCCAUGCCGCUCCUUUCCAACCUUAUUCAUACCAGCAACCUGGGUAUUAUCCUCCGAAUUAUCCACCUGCUGGCAUGUACUACCCGAGUUCGGGUCCCGAAUACGCGGGUUACAAUGGACCCGUGGGGCCCGGGGCCUCCGUUCCCAACUUCCCCGGGCAGCAACACAUGCCCUACACAGCUGGUGAACAACCAUCGCAGCCUGGUACCGUCGCCCACGAAUCUGGUGGCACUGUCUACUUCUAUGAUGCCAAUCACCCCUAUGGGGGAACAGCCCCAGGUCCUGGGGCUGGUCCUGGGGGUGUGGUUGGCAUGGGUGGGAUGAUGACUCCCCCGGGUACCAUCUACUACCCCCAGCCUGGCCAAUACUAUGGAUAG